UCGACGACGCCAAAGUCCCAGUUUUCUUCCCGUUUCUUCUUCCUUCCUUCCCUCACAGGAAUUACUUCUUAAGCAGUUGGGACGACCCAAUUUUGUGGAGUUGCCCAUUUCAGGAAAUUCAACUCUUACCAUCCGAUCCUUUAUCCACUUUGUCUCCCGCGCGUGGAUGGAGAAGAUGGACGGCUUCUAGGUCACGAGGAGCCGAGUUCUUAGUCGGAAGACUCAGGAUGUCUAUUUGUAGGUAAUGGUGGUUCGCCAUUUCGUGACAGAUUUUAAGCUGUUGGCUGAUUUGGUUGCCCAAUUCUGGGUUCUUUGUUUGACAGUCGGCCCUUUAAUAAAAUGAACUUGAUACAAUCCUAUUGAAGAUUACAGCUGAUUCUUGGGCAUCUUAUUUUUACAAUUGUAUUGAAGACUACAGCUGAAUCUUGAGCAGUUUUCUGCUUACUUUGUUCUUCCAAUAAUGGCCACCAAUUGCUUGCUGCAAUUGUCUUAUUAUAACAUUUGCAACAACCACGGAUGUCCAGCUAAAUUUAGGGGAUUGGUUGGAAAUCAACGCAGGAGUUCAUUAAGUUUUCCUUCUUCACUAUCCUCAAUAUCUUCGAUAACAGGGGCUUGGUGCUUGCAUCUUUCGCAUCAGAUUCACCAUCCUGUUCGUGUGGUAUCAUCCACUUAUAGUCCAUUUACCUGUCGAUCAUUUUUCUUUCACUGUCGGGGACUUGAAACUCCUAUUUGUAAAGCUACUGGUUUGGCUUUCUCUUGGUCAUGCAACACUUCAAGUGGAAGGCCGAUAUUAUUUCAGUUGGUGCCAGCAGUUGGAGUUAUUGUUUUUGCUUUAUGGGGUCUAAAACCAGUUGUGCGUUUUGUCCAUUUCUUCUUUUUUCGUUGUGAUGUUGAUGAUUGGAGGAAGAGUAGGACUAAUUACAUUGUAACCUCAUAUCUUCAGCCUUUGAUGUUAUGGACUGGAGCGGUGCUAUCGUGCAGGAUUCUAGACCUAAUCACCCUUCCUACUGAAGCUGGCCAAUCUAUGAAACAGCGGAUUCUGAUUUUCAUUCAGUCAUUGUCAACUGUGCUAGCAUUCUCAUAUUGUCUCUCAAGCUUGAUUCAUCAGACACAGAAGUUUUUCAUGGAAAGAAAUGACUCAGACAUUGCUCAAAAUAUGGGGUUUCAAUUUGCUGGGAAAGCAGUUGGAACUGCAGUUUGGAUUGCAGCGGCUUCCUUAUUCAUGGAGUUGUUGGGAUUUUCAACUCAGAAAUGGUUAACUGCCGGAGGCCUUGGAACUGUAUUGCUGACUCUUGCUGGUCGGGAGAUAUUGACAAAUUUUCUGUCAAGUGUCAUGAUUCAUGCAACCAGACCUUUUCUAGUGAAUGAAUGGAUUCAAACAAAGAUUCAAGGCUAUGAAGUUUCUGGUUUUGUUGAGCAUGUUGGUUGGUGGUCACCAACCAUUAUAAGGGGUGAGGAUGGUGAGGCAAUUCACAUUCCAAAUCAUAAGUUUACAGUAAGUGUGGUGAGAAAUCUCAGCCAGAAAACACAUUGGCGGAUUAAAACGCACCUUGCAAUCAGCCACUUGGAUGUGAAUAAAAUUAAUAAUAUUGUGGCACAUAUGCGGAAAGUUUUGGCAAAAAAUCCUCAUGUAGAGCAGCAGAGAUUGCAUAGAAGAGUUUUCUUGGAGAGCAUCAAUCCAGAAAAUCAGGCUCUUUUGAUUCUUGUGUCUUGCUUUGUGAAGACCUCUCAUUUUGAUGAGUACCUUUGUGUUAAGGAAGCGAUACUGCUUGAUCUCCUUCGAGUCAUAAGUCAUCAUCGUGCCCGGCUUGCCACUCCCAUACGGACAGUGCAGAAAUUUUAUGGAGACACCGACAUUGAAAAUGUUCCAUUUUCUGAGACCAUCAUGAACUGGGCUGGAGUGAACAGAAAUCGUCAUUUACUAUUGAUUGAUUCAACAUCUAAAUUUGGUGUUGAUGACAAGGCAAGGGCACGAACUGCUCGCUCAAAUGAAGAAAUAGAUGUUAAACCGCUGAGCUCUGAAUCCAAGGCCACAUCUUCUGAAUGUGGUUCGCAGGCCAUACAAGGCAGCAGGAAUCGAAAGGACAGUGAUAAAAUUGACGGACCUCCUGUAACAAAUUCAUCAUCAGUAUCAAUUUCCGAGCAAGCUAAAACAACAGCUGGAGGCUUAGAUUCAACAGUCUCAAAUCCCAUUGACGGCGAACAUCUUGGUCCUGCUUCUGAUAUGUCAACAAUGCCAGAUUCGAAAAGUGCAGCUGAGAAGGUUGGUGGUAAUACGACCUCGUCUUUACAUGGCAAACUUGAAGGUGAGAAAACGUCUGGCCCACCUGGGCCAACUGCAAGGUCAGCCUUGGAAGAAAACAUUGUCCUGGGCGUUGCCCUGGAUGGGUCUAAAAGGAUACUUCCAAUUGAAGAAGAAGAUAUCGAACAAAGAAAGUUAACAGCUUCCCGUAGCGGAGAUGUUUCUCCAGUAAAAAAGGACGAAAGACAGAUGCCAGCAACUCCAGGUGCUGCAGCUGCUGACCUAAAAGAACAGGACAGGUAGCACAAGAGUGUGAGAUGCUGCGGUGCUUAUAAUUCAAUCGUUUGCUGGACAACGCAGUGAGCUGUAUUUUUUUUGGCUGGCUGGUUGUCUAUAGGAAUAGUAACUACGUGGUAAAUUUAUCGAUCAUUGCCUCACCUCACUAUAGCUGAUUCUCUUGCUGGGUGGGGAGAAAUAUUUCAUCCUACCGCUAUGGUGAAAGAGGCCUUGUCACAAUAUGGAUCGAUGUCAUCUCUGCGGUCCACUGUUAUCAAAUACAAAUAUCCUAUAGAGUUGUC